CCCAUUGGCUGAGGCCGAUACCACGCGCCCCGAUACCCGGCACUGGAGGCACCUCCCAGAAUCCCGCGGCCCACGCCUCAGUCCGCCUGCGCUCCUCAGCCUGGCGGGUCCGCUUUUAGAGGCUCUUUAGCUUUGUCGCCUGCCCUUGAUUUAACUUACACCUUCGCCUUUGGCUCCUUUGACUGCUCGAAGCCCCGCAGCCAGUUCCCGCGGACUUCACCAGCAGACCCAGAAGUGGUGGGUGAAGCAAGCGUCUGUUCCUCCUUGAGCCUGUCAGGAACUGCUGCCUGCCGCCAUCAUGUCUGCUGCAAAUCCUGAGACUCCAAACUCAACCAUCUCCAGGGAGGCCAGCACCGAGUCUGCAUCAGCUGCAGCUAGCCAAGGCUGUGUUUUACCAGAAGGCAAAAUCAUGCCAAACACUGUUUUUGUUGGUGGAAUUAAUGAUAGGAUGGAUGAAACUGAGGUUCGAAGCUGCUUUGGUAGAUAUGGUUCAGUGAAAGAAGUGAAGAUAAUCAUGGAUAGAACUGGUGUGUCCAAAGGCUAUGGAUUUGUUUCCUUUUUUAAUGACGUGGAUGUCCAGAAGAUAGUAGAAUCACAGAUACAUUUCCAUGGUAAAAAGCUGAAGCUGGGCCCUGCAAUCAGGAAACAAAAAUUAUGUGCUCGUCAUGUGCAGCGACGUCCUUUGGUAUUUAAUCCUCCUCCUCCACCACAGUUUCAGAAUGUCUGGAGUAAUCCAAACGCUGAAAAUUACCUGCAGCCCCCAAUAACGCUGAAUCCUGUAACUCAGUAUGUUCAGUCUGCUGCAAAUCCUGAGACUCCAAACUCAACCAUCUCCAGAGAGACCAGCACCCAGUCUGCAUCAGCUGCAGCUAGCCACGGCCAUGUUUUACCAGAAGGCAAAAUCAUGCCAAACACUGUUUUUGUUGGUGGAAUUGAUGAUAGGAUGGAUGAAACUGAGAUUAGAAGCUACUUUGGUAGAUACGGUUCAGUGAAAAAAGUGAAGAUAAUCACGGAUCGAACUGGUGUGUCCAAAGGCUAUGGAUUUGUUUCCUUUUUUAAUGACGUGGAUGUCCAAAAGAUAGUAGAAUCACAGAUACAUUUCCAUGGUAAAAAGCUGAAGCUGGGCCCUGCAAUCAGGAAACAAAAAUUAUGUGCUCGUCAUGUGCAGCGACGUCCUUUGGUAUUUAAUCCUCCUCCUCCACCACAGUUUCAGAAUGUCUGGAGUAAUCCAAACGCUGAAAAUUACCUGCAGCCCCCAAUAACGCUGAAUCCUGUAACUCAGUAUGUUCAGUCUGCUGCAAAUCCUGAGACUCCAAACUCAACCAUCUCCAGAGAGACCAGCACCCAGUCUGCAUCAGCUGCAGCUAGCCACGGCCAUGUUUUACCAGAAGGCAAAAUCAUGCCAAACACUGUUUUUGUUGGUGGAAUUGAUGAUAGGAUGGAUGAAACUGAGAUUAGAAGCUACUUUGGUAGAUACGGUUCAGUGAAAGAAGUGAAGAUAAUCACAGAUCGAACGGGUGUGUCCAAAGGCUAUGGAUUUGUUUCCUUUUUUAAUGACGUGGAUGUCCAGAAGAUAAUAGAAUCACAGAUACAUUUCCAUGGUAAAAAGCUGAAGCUGGGCCCUGCAAUCAGGAAACAAAAAUUAUGUGCUCGUCAUGUGCAGCCACGUCCUUUGGUAUUUAAUCCUCCUCCUCCACCACAGUUUCAGAAUGUCUGGAGUAAUCCAAACGCUGAAAAUUACCUGCAGCCCCCAAUAACACUGAAUGCUGUAACUCAGUAUGUUCAGGCAUAUCCUACUUGUCCAAAUCCACCAGGUGCAGUCAUCACUGGGAAUCAGUUGGCUGUAUAUAAUUAUCAGGCAUUUCCUAUUUAUCCAAAUUCAACAGUUCAGGUCACUACUGGAUAUCAGUUGCCUGUACAUAAUUAUCAGGCAUUUCCUGUUUAUCCAAAUUCACCAGUUCAGGUCACUACUGGAUAUCAGUUGCCUGUAUAUAAUAAUCAGGCAUUUCCUGUUUAUCCAAAUUCACCAGUUCAGGUCACUACUGGAUAUCAGUUGCCUGUAUGUAAUUAUCAGGCAUUUCCUGUUUAUCCAAAUUCACCAGUUCAGGUCACUACUGGAUAUCAGUUGCCUGUAUAUAAUUGUCAGGCAUUUCCUGUUUAUCCAAAUUCACCAGUUCAGGUCACUACUGGAUAUCAGUUGCCUGUAUGUAAUUAUCAGACAUUUCCUGUUUAUCCAAAUUUACCAGUUCAGGUCACUACUGGAUAUCAGUUGCCGAUAUAUAAUUAUCAGGCAUUUCCUGUUUAUCCAAAUUCACCAGUUCAGGUCACUACUGGAUAUCAGUUGCCUGUAUGUAAUUAUCAGGCAUUUCCUGUUUAUCCAAAUUCACCAGUUCAGGUCACUACUGGAUAUCAGUUGCCUGUAUGUAAUUAUCUGACAUAUCCUACUUAUCCAAAUUCACCAGGUCAGGUCACCACUGGGUAUCAGUUGCCUGUAUAUAAUUACCAGAUGCCACCACAGUGGCCUGUUGGGGAGCAAAAGGGAAAUCUGUGGACCGAAGCAUGCAAACAGUGGUAUCUUGUCUGUUUAACCCAGAAAACAGACUGAGAAAUUCUGUUGUUACUCAACAUGACUACUUCAAGGUAUGAAAGGAACACUAUCAUAAUUAAAAAGCACAGUUCUUAGUUUUCAAGUUAGGUGUUUUCCUUGUGGUAUAUGUAUUUUGAGAUUUCUUAGAGCAUUUUUUAUUUUUUUGAGACACAGAGUCUCGCUCUGUUGC